ACAUUUCAUCAAUGUCUUUUGAUAUUAGUUAAAUUCUUGAAAAUUCUUGAUCACAAGAUCCACACAAAAAAAGGGCUUUUUAUAAUAUACUUUUUUAGCUUCUUACCAGUACAAAUUUCUUGAAUUUUGAUGGGUAUUUUCUUAAAUUGUGUAUUUCUUGAUAUUUUCAAUAGAUUAUAUAGUUGAAUUUUGUGAAAUUUGAUUUUUUAAAAAAAAGUUUGUGUUAGGAUCAGGGUUAUAAGAAUUGGGGGAAAGAUAAUGGGAAUAGAUAGUUUGUUAAAUCUUACAGUAGACCCACCGAUAAAACGGCGAGCAGGGUUAAGGAGAAAACAAGCUGGGAGAGGUUCUUACAGGGGCAGUUAGCUAGUUAGGGUUUGAAAAAAGUAUAAAAGAUCACAUUUUUAGGUUUAGUUUUUGUUUUGAGAGGUUUUCGUGUGUUCGGGGAUCAUAAUUGAUUAGUUUUCGGGUGAAGUUAUAGUGAAAAAGUGUUUUUAAAAAUUUUAUUUAGAGAAGAUGGGGAGUAAAGCAUUGCAUCAAGCACUCAAGACAAUUUGUCUUAACACUGAUUGGAAUUAUGCUGUUUUUUGGAAACUAGAUGCUCUUGCUCGAAUGAUGUUGAUUUGCGAAGAUGCUUAUUGUGACAAAAAUGAUCCUUCAGGAAGCAAACGAUUUGGGAAAAUGACUGAUAGUUUAUCGGAUGAACAGUUUGGACAAGACCUUCUGGGCCUAGCAGUUGCAAAGAUGUCUUAUCAUCAAUAUUCUCUUGGAGAAGGAAUCAUUGGUCAAGUUGCUGUUGCGGGUAAACACAUGUGGAUAUCUGAGGACCAGCUUCCCUGCUUUGAGGAUCAUGAUGGAUGGAAAACUCAGUUUGCAGCUGGGAUAAGGACAGUUGCUGUUGUGGAUGUUGUUCCUCAUGGAGUCAUACAACUUGGUUCAAUAAGUAAUAUUGGCGAGGAUUUGAAGAUGGUGAAUCACAUCCGCGAGAUAUUUCUUGAGCUACAAAAUUCUUUGAUAGGAUGUGCACCCAGCAAUACUAGUUCAUAUAAUGAUACCAUUACUUCCACAAAUUAUGAAAUUAACAAUUCAUACACAUUAUCAGAUCUUGAUCCAACAGCAAAUCUAGGUAUUCCCGUCUCGUCAAACGUUCAAAUGCUAGGUGAAAAUAUAGAAUCACAAAGUGAAAUGGACACUAUAAACAAAUUUCCUGCCGGGUAUGAGCUGUUUGAAGCACUAGGGCCCGCUUUUUAUCAGCAAAACAAUAUUCACAGUUGGCAAAAAGCAGAUGAGAUGCCGGGAACAAGCAGUAGCAAUCUUUUGUUACCAAACUCAGGCUCGGAACAUCUUCUAGAAGCAGUUGUAGCUAAUGUUUGUCAAAGUGAUAGUGAGUAUAGUAACUCUGUGAAGUGGGUUGAGACUCAUUUUAAUGAUAUGCAAACUAGUAAUUCAGGUUGUUACUCGUUCGAAAGUUCAUUAGGGUUCUCGUCAGCAAGUCAAAGUAGAUGUAGUGAGCCGUUAGAGAGGUCGAAAGAACCGGUUAAUGUCACCAAGAAACGAGCUAAACCUGGGGAAAGUAGUAGGCCUAGGCCACGGGAUCGACAACUUAUUCAAGAUCGUAUUAAGGAACUUCGUGAGCUUGUUCCUAAUGGAUCGAAGUGCAGCAUUGACUCGCUUCUUGAAAGGACAAUCAAACACAUGCUAUUCAUGCAAUCUGUUACUAAGCAUGCCGACAAAAUUGAUAAAUAUGCUGAAUCGAAGUUGCUUGGCAAGGACACUGGUGUACGAGGAAGCUCAAGUCACGAGCAAGGUUCGAGUUGGGCAAUGGAGGUUGGGAAUAACAUGAAAGUUUGUCCUGUAACUGUAGAAAAUAUUGGUACAAAUGGCCAAAUGCUGGUAGAGAUGAUGUGUGAGGAAGGCAUCCAUUUUCUCGAGAUAGCAGAUGCCAUACGGAGCUUGGGUCUCACCAUUUUAAAAGGUGUCACAGAACCUGACGGUGAUAAGACGUGGAUGUGUUUUGUUGUCGAGGGACAAAAUAACAGAAACGUGCAUCGGAUGGAUAUACUUUGGUUACUUGUUCAGAUAUUGCAAUCAAAGGCAAAGACUUAACUUUGAUUCAAACUGUAAUAUUUUUCUUGUUUUUUGUUAAUAAAUUUUGGAAGGACAUUGUUGCCUUUUUGUGCUUACUUGUGCCAUCCUUUUUGUGCUAUGUAGAGUGUCUUGUAUAGUCAUAUCAUUGUAGUGCUUUAUUUUGCAAUUUUGAUAUUGGAGUUAAGAUCUUGACUUGAUUCAUAUAUUAUAAAUUGUAUUAUUUAUCUC